AUGUCUUCAGUAUCAUCCAUAAUCCAAAGCCUCGUGGCCGCGGCCAAGGCAUACGAGAACAAUGAGCCAGGCGCAAGAGAGACGCUCAUCGACAACAGUCGGGCGCUGGUGACUUCGCUCGAGAUUCCCAGCGAAUUCCUGCAGCGCAGUUUCUGGGCCGAGCCAGCUCAGUCCGCUAUAACCCGCAUCGCCGUCAACGUCAAACUAUUCCAACACCUCAAAGAAGCCGGCGACGCCGGCCUCAGCGCCGAAGCUUUGUCUGCAAAGACGGGCAUGGACAUUGUCCUCCUCCAGCGUCUUGCGCGCCACCUCGUCGCAAUGUAUCUCCUCACAUUUCGCGACGGCGCAUUCCACGCCACGGAGAUGAGCAAUGGUCUCGCCGAAGAAAACUACCAACACAGCAUCGCAUUCUGUUACGACACCGCCCGGCCCUCAUUCAACGGAUUUCCCGAUUUCUUUCAACGGACGGAAUACAAAUCUCCCAGUUUGGGGUCGUUGGAUGGUCCGUUCCAGGCUGCGCACAAGACGCAGUUGCCCUUCUUUGAGUGGUUGGUCGCUACGCCGCCGAAUCUACAGCAUUUCGACUCUUUUAUGAGUGCGUAUCGUGCCGGAAAGCCGAGUUGGUAUGAUCCAGGCUUUUAUCCCGUUGCCGAGCGGAUGGUGACGGGCUUUGAUGCCUCCGAAAGUGAUGCGUUGCUUGUCGACGUUGGUGGUGGCCGAGGCCACGACAUGGCGCUCUUCUGCGCGCAGCACAAGGCUUCUUCCCCGGGACGAGUGAUUUUGCAAGAUCGUGAGGCUGUCAUCGCGAGUGUCGUAGCGGCUAGUCAAGACCUCCCCUUUGAAGCGCAGGCACACGACUUUUUCACGCCGCAACCCAUCAAGGGUGCGCGCGCGUACUCCCUGCACUCCAUCCUGCACGACUGGAGCGACGAGGACGGCGUGAAGAUCCUACAGAAUCUCGUCCCGUCCCUGAAAAAAGGAUACUCGCGCGUGCUCUUCAACGAGAUCGUCGUCAGCGAGGAAAAACCCACCAUCGCCGCAACUAGCAUGGAUCUAAUGAUGCUGGCCCAUUUCGCAGUGCGGGAACGAACCGAGGCAGAAUGGCGGGGAAUUCUCGAGAAGGCCGGCCUAAAGAUUGUCAAUAUCUACACGUAUCCUGGUGUUGCGGAGAGUUUGAUUGAGGCGGAAUUGGCGUGA